AUGGUCUUCCCCUCUCUUCCAAUCUAUCUAGAUCCAACCAACUGGUCACAACAGCAAGCAGGAAUUGACAUUGGAACUCAAAAUCCGUCCUCUAUACAGCAGUCCUCAGCUUCAACUGUAGCAGCUGUGACUGUGACAGUUGAAGCUGAUGACAGCUAUCAAAGGUCUAUAAGACCAAGAUCAAUGACGGAUCAAGCUAGGAUGUUCAAGAUAAACCAAAACGAUGCCGCCGCUGGUGCAGUACAAAAAUGUCCAAGAUGUGAAUCAACAAACACAAAGUUCUGUUAUUACAACAACUAUAGUUUAUCGCAGCCACGCCAUUUUUGCAAAGCUUGUCGUCGUUAUUGGACUAGAGGUGGUGCACUUAGAAAUGUUCCUGUUGGAGGUGGUUGUAGAAGGAAUAAUAAAAGAACCAGAGGAAGUUCAGUAUCAAAACCGCCGUCUAAACCUAAUCGAAGUAAUGAUCAUCGUCACGUCGGUACAGGUGCUAUUGCAGGGGUUGGUUCUAGCUCAGAAAAUUCAAAAUCUAAUGGAUGCAAUACUUCUAAUGUGAAUAUGGGAAUGUCUCAUUUUCCAACUCAAUUCCCAUUUUUUCCCUCUUUGCAUCAUUAUAACAACAAUGACUAUGUUUCUCAAGGCAUUAGUUCUAUGGUCGCAAAAAAUAUUACCAAUAGUACUAAUAAUAAUGAUACUACUAAUGUUGAGUUUCAACUUGGUAGAGAUUCUUCAGUUGGUAAUAAUGAUAAUGGAGGUUCUUUGAUGUUAUCAAAUGGAAUUGGUGAACAAUGGCGGUUUCUGAAUCCGCUACAAGUUCAUCAUCAACAACAACAACAACAACAAUUUCCUUUCAUGACAAAUGUGGAACCACAAAUUGGACUAUUCCAAUUUGGUGGAGAAAAUAAUGGUGAAACUCCAAGAAGUUAUAUAAGUUCUAAGGCAAUGGAAUCUUCAAGUGCUAGUAAUGGAAUGGUGAAAAUGGAAGAAAACAAUCAUCAAAGUUUGAGUUUGUCAAAGAAUCUCUUGAGUGGUUCAGGAAAUAGUAAUGAUCUAUUUUGGAAUGAAGUUCCUAGUUUCACUCCUUCAUCAAGUCAGUUAUUAUGA